AUGAAAGCUCAAUUUGCCCUUUUCCUGGCUCUUUCCAGCGCGCUUACAUGCGCAGUUGAUUCUAUCGUUGCUGCCAAUUCCCCCCGUCGAUCACCUCCUUCAAAACCUUUACUAAAUCCACGAUUCCCUAAUGUUGCUCCACUAGCUCCUCCAGCUUGUCUUCUCGCUUGUGUUGGCCAGACUGCCCAUGGAUGUCCCAAAGAGUUCACCGACUUUGGAUGUAUGUGUACAGCCAAUGGUAAGAUUGUAGAGCAAUGCCUCAACCAAGCAUGCCCCCGAGGCAAUGCUCCAAAAGCCCUUGUUGCUUUUAACGAUGCUUGCAAGGCCCAACUCAAGGUUGUACGAGCUCCACGCGUUGAUUCUGUUGCUUCUGUUGUUGGUUCUGCUUUUGUCAAUUCUACAGCAUCUGCAGCUAUUUCUGCCGUGGCGCCCACUUUUUCGGUGGGUCCAGUUACUACAAAGUCGUCAUCCUCAGGGCCCCUAGUUGUUACCGUCACAACGAAAAUUGUCACAACGUCGACCCCGGAACCAACAGUUUUGACCCUGACCACGGCCUUGGUCUUGACAUCGCAGUCUACAACGUCUAGUACGCUUCGAUUCCCGGUGCCUUCUGAUACUCCUCCGGUUAGAAUUGCCAAGAGGGAAAUUGAGGGAACUUUAACUAUUACCGAAACUGAAUAUGAAUCCACGGUAUAUGUUUAUACUAAUGAGUAUACAACUUGGACUGAGACAAAGUAUCCUUCUGUUUUUUCAAUCCCAUCACCAGCUGUGUAUAUGGGUCUAGCAACAUCUGGGCGUGCUUUUAUAGCACAACAAUAUGAUGCUGCACAGAGUGUUGAUAGUCUUGCAGAAAGUGUGCUUGAACAAAUUACUGGCCCACGAGGCCAAAUGGAUCCCAAUGAAAUGGUGGCUGCAUCUGUAGCUGCAUCGAUGGCAGCUGCAGAUACUGUAACUGAGUCUGUGACGGUGACAACAUCGAUUGGCAAGACAAAAAAGAAGAAGGUAUCUACAACUGUGGCAACAGUCACAACAACAGACGCUAGUGGCAUUACAGUGGCAGUUGAGGUGACGCUGACGACUAAGGCAAAGAAGAAUGAAGGAGUUACCAAUGGCUUGUAUGGCCGCACACCGUGGCUUGUUUCUUUUGUUGUUCUUUUAGUUGAUUUACUUGCUUAG